AGCCAUGAUUCUCAGCAUGGGAGCAUUUAAAACAAUAUUAACACGAAAUGAGUACCUAGGGGUGGUAUUGGCAUGGCGUUUUAAAAGCUACUCAGGAAGAGUCUAGUGUGCAGCCCAGGUUCACAACUAUUGCAGAAGGCUUGUAUCACUAGUUCACUGUAACCCUUGGGACUGGCAUUUAAGUGUCCAUCCUGUUAACUUUGGUUUUGCUGAUAAAAUAUAAACGUAGAUUGAAAAAACUCCAAGAAUAACAGUUGAAAGGAAGAGAGCCUUUUCUUUUUUGGGCCUUCUGAGGCAGGGCUUUUCCGUUUCGGCUGCCAUUAGUCAUCUGGGGACCUUCUAAAAUUUCCAUCGCCGUUGUUUCACAUAGAUCAAUUAAAUUAGAAUCCCUUGUGGCAGGACACAAACAUCAGCAUUUUUAAGAAUGUCUUCAGAUGAUUCCAGUGUGCAGCCAGAUUUGGGAAACAUUAUAAAGAUACCUGUCACCCCCAAAUACUCUGUCACCAGGUGCCAGGCUGGAGUGCAGUGGUGCAGUCUCAGUGCACUGUAGCCUCUACCUCCUGGGUUCAGGCAAUUCUCCUGCCUCAGCCUCCCGAGUAGCUGGGAUUACAGGCAUGCGCCACCACACCCGGCUAAUUUUUGUAUUUUUAGUAGAGACAGGGUUUCACCAUGUUCAAUCUCUUGACCUCGUGAUCCUCCCGCCUCGGCCUCCCAAAGUGCUGGGAUUACAGAUGUGAGCCAAUGUGCCCUGCUGGGCCUCUUUUAUCAGCCUGUAGAUCCCUCUGCCUAAGUAGAUCUCAAAGUGUGAACCUGCAGCAUCAGCAUAACCUGGGGGACUUGUUAGAAAUGAACAUUCUUGGGUCCCACCACAGACCUAUUGAAUCAGAAACUCUGGUGUCUGUUUUAAUAAGCUGUUUGGGGCUGGGCACAGUGGCUCACAUCUAUAAUCCCAGUUCUUUGGGAGGUUGAGUUUGCAGAUUGCUUUGAACUUAGGGGUUUGAGACCAGCUUGGGCAACAUGGUGAAACCCUGUCUUUGCAAAAAUUAGCUGGGCAUUGGUGGCUCACACCCAUAGUCCCAGCUACUCAGGAGGACGAGGCUGGAGAUUUGCUUGAGCCUGGGAAGCAGAGAUUGCAGUGAGCUGAGAUUGCACCACCACUGCACUCCAGCCUGGGCAACAGAGUGAGACCCAUCUCAAAAAAAAAAAAAAUGCCUAUUCAGGCAAUUCUGAUGCAUGCUCUUCAUCUAUAGCACUGGAUAUGGGUGAACUCUGCGAUGUUUGACUAUGAUGUACUACAUUUGUAUUUGCUUUUAACAAUUCAAACUGGGGUUACUUGUGUUUAGAAUCAUAUAUUUGGAUAACAUGUGACUUCUCUAAUAUGCCCCAGAAAGCAGCUAAUAACUUGCUCAACCUGAAAUUUAUAGUUUUCCAAAUUACCGGUUGGCAGAGAUACUGGAUUGAUAACAACAUCCACAGUUACGAUAUGAUCAUUCCUAUGCUGUACAACGCAAUGAUUUUGGUUAGCAGAAUUUAAGAGUAACGUAACUGUUAAGUCUGUACUAGGCCCUGUUGUAGCCGCUGUAUGUGCUUCAUGACACCUUAUGAGAUAGCUACUAUUAUCCUCAUUUUGCAGAUGAGGAAACUGAAGUACAACGUGGUAUUUUCUCAAGGUCACACAACUAGAGAGUGGUGGCACUAGAAUGGGGACUUAAGCCGUCUUUCUCUGAGGCCUAUGCUUUGCCGCUUGCUGGAGGGUAAAUCUGUCUUACAGUGUGUGGUAUGGAAGUAGCAUCAUAAUGAAAACAGCUAUGCCUUACUGAGCCAUUACGGUUUCAGGCACUGUAAGAUAAUCACAAUUAUCUCAUUUAAAUCUCAUAGGAGCCUCAUGAAUCAGAGGCAUGGAAAUGCUUCCUCCUCUUCCAACACCUUUACAGAUGAGGACACCGAGCCCUAGAGGUGACGAAAGUUGUCUAAUGACAGUGCUUUUAAGAAAUAAAGCCAAGAGUGGAACUUGCAAUUAUUGGACUUUUCCUAAUUAGUUAUGGGAACUAAUAUAGUACAGUAACCGAGGACCCAGGUACUGAAACCAGAAAGCUUGCUUCAGUGCCACUUCCGCCACCUGAGCUGCGUCCCUUGCACACAGUAGCUUCAUCCUUUCCAUUGGAACGUUAGACAUAAUAGUCCAUGUUCCUUGGAGGCUUGUGAGGUUGAAGUGAGGCAAGCAUAGGUAAAUGGCCAGGGCUCAGAGCCUGGCUCAGGACAAGCUCUCAGGAAUGAUUACUGCCAAUUUUUGUGUGUAAAUAAAUACACUGUUUCCCCCAUGUUUUCAUUUUUUUAAAGACAUUGUAUAGUGAAUUUAUUGUUUUUCUCAGAUUAACAAUUGCACACAGUGCUUGACAUUUAGAGAUACUUCACCUGAGAAGAUACCCAGAGGCUGAAACAAAACAUACUGUGCAUAUGAUUUGAAAAUAACGCUAUUUAAAAAUAAGUUUAUUUGUAUCUUUCUGGCACCUCUAUAUACCAUUUAAUAACAGCAAGGACAUUCCAUAUUGCAAAUAAGUGCAUGGUAUUUAUGUAAUAUUGUGGAAACCAAUAAACAAAUUAUAGCCAUUUUCUCUUGCCAAUUGUAUUGAGAAAUAAUUUAUAAAUUAAACAAUACAUCCAUUUAAAGAGAAAGUUUAUUGGCUUCUGGCAGUUGUAUAUACCCAUAAUUACCGCCACAAUUAAGGCACAGCGUUCAUCAUUUCUAAGAUUCCUUGUGUCUCUUUCCAGUGCAUCUCACUAAGUCCCAGGCCACCACUUUGCGCAAGUCUCUAGACUGUCUUGGAUGUGGAAUGGCUUUGUGUAUGUUUAACUUUUGAAGUUAAAAGUUACCAAAUAGUCUUCCAAAGUGGUUAUGCCAUUUUACAGCCCCAGCAGCAGGUAUGUGAGUCCUCCAUGUCCCUCUGCAUUUGGUGUUGGCAGUCUUUGAGCAGUUUGCCCCCUUUGUGGAUAUGGAGUUACAUGUAUUGUGGUUUGUAUCUCCCCUGUGACUACUGUUAAGCAUCCUUCCAUGUGCUUAUUGGCCAUAUAUAUAUCUUACUUGGUAAAGUAUUCAAAUCCUUUGCCCAUUUAAGAAAUUGGGUAGUUUUGGGCCAGGCGUGGUGGCUCAAGUCUGUAAUCCCAGCACUUUCAGAGGCCGAGGUGGGUGGAUCAUGAGGUCAAGAGAUCAAGACCAUCCUGGUCAACAUGGUGAAACCCUGUCUCUACUAAAAAUACAAAAAGAAAAAUUAGCUGGGCAUGGUGGUGUGUGCCUGUAAUCCCAGCUACUCGGGAGGCUGAGGCAGGAGAAUUGCCUGAACCCAGGAGGCGGAGGUUGCGGUGAGCCGAGAUCGUGCCAUUGCACUCCAGCCUGGGUAACAAGAGCGAAACUCCGUCUCAAAAAAAUAAAAAAUAAAAAUUGGGUAUUUUUUUCUUAUUGAAUUGUAAGAGUUCUUUACACAUUCUGGAUACAAAGUCCUUUGUCAGAUAUUGCAAUGUUGUAACCGUUUUAAAAACAGUAUUUUGUAACUAAUAGCGUUAGGCUAGUACUUUAAAAACAGUAUGCCCGCUGUACUACAGAGAAGUUGCCCAAACUGCUGAACUUAGGUCUGUCAAGGGAGGCCGCUACUUUUGUGCCCUGCGACCAAGAAACCCACGAUCUAAAACCUGGUUUACUCUUAAAAGCCAACAGAGAUAAUACAGCUUAAAAAAUAACAAAAACUCCACUAUGUAUCUUUGUUGUUGAUGUUGCCAGCAAGCUGCCCGCCGUCUCCCAGGGCCCCUCUUAGAGUUAAAACCUCAACAUAGGAACGCCGCGAUCGGGGCCCCAUUGGGCCAUUUUGGAAUGUCGGGCAGGUGUCUUCCACAUAGGAACGCCGCGAUCGGGGCCCCAUUGGGCCAUUUUGGAAUGUCGGGCAGGUGUCUUCCACAGUAUCCAUGUCAUUUAAUUAGCUACGUGACGUCCUUUAGGGGAUAAUAAACUCGUCGGGCUUUUCUGUUUGGCUUUGAACCAGUGUCAUGAGGCGGAAAAGGCCCGACCAGAGAGCGAUGGUACCGGGUUCCCGGUGUCACCGCUGCUGGGUCACCUGCAGAGCUGGACACCUGCCGCGCAGGCGCCCCGCGGCCGCCGGGUUCCGCGUGCCUGGAAGAGGGGCGGCGUUGCCGCGGUAACCGAAGUAAACGGAGGCCUCGGGCAGACGCUGCGAAGGGAGAAAGGAGGAAGGGAGGAGCUGCUGCGGUCCGUGCCUUCGAGGAAAUGAAGGAACCAGAUGAUCAGGAUACUGAUGGGGAGAAAUCAGGUAGAUCAAAGAGUGAUGGGAAGCAUUCUCUGAGGUCUUCUAAAUCGGGAUCGAGAUCUCCUGUGAAAGAAGAUAACAAAUUUUUAGAAGAUGCCACAGAUGAAACGUUGACUGAAGGGGAAGCAUCAAAUUUAGAAGAAGACUCAGAUGAGGAACAUUUGGCAGGAAGUUUGAGUUCAUUUCAGCAUGAAGAUUUGCAAAGCGCCGCAGUAUCUCAGCAACCCCCUGCUCCAGCUGCGGAAGAGGCCGACGAGGAAGUUAAAAAGAAAAUAUCAGAGAGUUUCUUCUAUGAUUAUACGGAGCUUGCUUCGAUGCCUUUUGUGACUCUGGAUUCAAACAUACCACUGGAUCUUCUCACACUCGUACAUUCCUUUGGGUACGACUGCAGAAAGCGAGCCAACCUACAACUUCUGGACGACAGUGUUGCCAUGUACAUAGCUGGGAACCAAGUGGUCUUUCUGAAUUUGAAAACCAGGGAACAGACCUACCUGCGAAGCAGCAGCGGUGAAGGCAUUGGCGUCAUUGGGGUUCAUCCACAUAAAACCUACUUCACAGUAGCUGAAAAAGGGAGUUUUCCAAAUAUUAUCAUCUAUGAAUUUCCUUCUCUGAGACCCUACAGAAUCCUUCGAGAUGGGACUGAGAAGGGUUACGCGUAUGUGGACUUUAGCUACAGCGGUGCCUUGCUGGCCUCUGUCGGUAGCAACCCGGACUAUACACUGACUAUCUGGAAUUGGAAAGAAGAGCAGCCCGUACUGAGGACGAAGGCUUUUUCCCAGGAAGUUUUUAAGGUUACUUUCAAUCCUGAUAAUGAAGAGCAGCUUACUACUUCGGGAUCAGGCCACAUCAAGUUCUGGGAAAUGGCUUUUACAUUCACAGGUCUCAAGCUGCAGGGAUUCCUAGGUCGAUUUGGCAAAACAACCAUUACUGAUAUAGAGGGCUACAUGGAGCUCCCGGACGGGAAGGUGCUCUCAGGGUCAGAAUGGGGUAACAUGCUGCUUUGGGAAGGCGGUCUGAUCAAGGUGGAGCUCUGUCGAGCUACAAGCAAGUCAUGUCACAGUGGUCCCAUUAACCAGAUACUGCUGUACGAGGGGGAAGUUAUCACUGCGGGGUCAGAUGGCUGUGUUAGGAUAUGGGAUUUUGAGACAAUAGACACUGCUGAUACAAUAGAUGAGACCGGAUUGCUGCAGAUCGAGCCUAUUAAUGAACUUCAAGUAGACAAGAACGUGAAACUCUUCUCUAUGAUAAAAAUGAGUGAAACUGGAAAUAACUUUUGGUUGGCUCAGGAUGCCAGUGGAGCCAUAUGGAAGCUUGACCUUAGUUUUUCAAAUAUUACCCAGGACCCGGAAUGCCUCUUCUCCUUCCAUUCUGGAGCCGUCGAAGCCGUGGCUGUUUCUCCUCUCACUUACCUCAUGGCCACAACUGCCUUGGACUGCUCUGUUCGAAUCUAUGAUUUUGCCAGCAAAACCCCUUUGGCUCAGAUGAAAUUCAGACAAGGAGGUACUGCCCUUGUUUGGGUUCCCCGAAUGCCUGAAAGUACUUUACUAAUUUUCUGUGAAAAUGGCUAUAUUCUUGAAGCUCCACUUCCAACUGUAAAGCAAGAAGUAGAUGAUCGUGAUGUAGUUUCCUAUGAAAUCAAAGACAUGUGCAUAAAAUGCUUUCAUUUCUCAAGUGUCAAAUCUAAGAUUCUGAGAUUAAUAGAAAUUGAAAAGAGAGAGAAACAAAAGAAGUUGAAGGAGGAAAUAAGGGAAGAAAGGAGGAAGAAGCUAGCAGCAGAGAUGGGAGAAGAUGGAGAGAAAGAAUCUCAGGAAGAGGAAGAGGAGGAGGAGGAGGAGGAAGAAGAGCCAUUACCUGAAAUCUUUGUUCCAUUAACCCCCUCUCGCAUCCUCUGUGGAUUUUACUCAGAGCCAGGGAAGUUCUGGGUUUCUUUGGGUGACUAUGAUUCUGGUUUUCUGUAUCACUGUGAGUUCCCCCCUUGUGAUGAAAGCAAUAAUUUCAAAGAACAAAAAGAUGAACCUUUUGAUGUCCGUUAUCUUGAGAAUACAGAUGAUAAUCCCAUCCAAACUAUCACUUUCAACAUUAACAAAAUUAUGAUGUUUUGUGGAAUGAAAAAUGGAGCAAUUCGAGUCUAUGUCCUAAAUGAGAAUGAUCCUUCAUUGACAAGCUUGGUGGACUACUGGCACUUCAGUGUGCAUGACAAUAACUAUGGCUGGAUUAAAAGUAUGGCUAGUAGUUUUGACGAUCGUUUCCUGGUGACCACUGGAGGAGAUGGUAAUAUCUUUGUUUUCAACAUUUUUUCUGAAUUUAUGCUAAGGAAAGACAUCAAGGCCAAGGUGCCAUCUCCCAGGUUUGGAAUUGAAACAGAGCCAAUUCCAGAAGACAUUGAAGAUCCCAAAGCCUCCAGUAUUGAGAAUGCUAGGAGAAAAAGAGAACAUGACAAAUUAAUGAAAGAAGUGGAAGAAAUAAAGGCAAGGAAGAGAGAGCAAAUCAAAGCUUUGAGAAGUGAAUUUUGUAAACUAUUAAAAAUGAAUGAAGAAUUACCAAGGCAUAUGCAGUUUAAACGAACGGAUUUUGAUGUAGAUUCCAGAAUCCGUGAUGAGAUAAACAGAAAAACAGCUUUCCAAAUUCAACAAGUAGAAAAGGAGUUAGCUUGGGAAAAAGAGAAACAUGAACUCGGCCUAAUGAAGCUAAAGAAUCGAUUUCGUGAUCCAUUGGAAAGUGAUACUAUUGUGGUUCAUGCCAUACAGAGUGACCACAAGAUAUCCUCUUACAGGCUGGUGCAGCCCUCUAAGUACUCCAAAUUCAAACGAGCAAGUCAGUCAGAGAGAAAACCAAGCAAACCGGACAAGUUUGAGAAAGAGGAAACUGGAAGAAAGGACAGCCAGAGAGAUGGAGGUGAGAGUGUUCUUGCACAAGAAGAAUCAGUAAUAGAAAAAGGGAAGAAAUUUCGGCCUAAAACCCUAAGUGAAAUUAUGGUGAAAAAUCAAAUUGAGAGAACGAGAAAACUUAUGUUAAAAGCUGAAAGAGCACAACUGAAGAUUCAACAGCGAAAAAAAGAAUGGGAGGAACUAUACAAGAGCAAACCUGAUGAUGGCUAUGAAGAUCCCAAAGACCUUGAAGCCAUCAAAGAAGCCCAGGUGUGUAUGGGAGAUUUCAAUCUGAAGACAGCCCCAGACUACAAGAUACCUGAGCACAUGAGAAUAAAUGCUGCCAAGAAGGAAGAGGAACUGGGACACCUAGAUUCUUUGGUCCAUGGAAAGAAAAGGCAUAUGAACAAGUGCAUCCUCUCUCUUAGAGACUUUAAAGUGGCUGUUGUAGAGGAAAUACAGUGCCUGGUACAAGAACUGAAGCACAUUCAGUCGACUCUUCACGCAUCCAAGCACAUACCCAUUCCCAAAGUUCCUCAGAUACACCCAGAAGAAGUUCCAGAAAAGAGAUUUCAGUAUGAUGAAGAAACUCUCCUAAAUUUUGAGCAGCAGCGUAUGAAAAGUAUGGAUGGAAAGUCCCCCCAAGUGGAACAGACAGGGUCUGGAGGCCCAGGUGGAGGAUUCCUCAAGCUCUCUUCUGGAAAGAAUGGGGAUUUGACAACCCGAGAUUCCAUAUCUAGGUCAUCAAGGGCAUCUACGUUCGGCCUAGAUACACCAAAGUUUAUGGAAUUUGAAAAGGCAGAGCCAACUGAUGUGGAGCUGGAAAUUCUGAAGAGGGAUGAGAUUAAACAUGUGUACAUGCAACAGUAUUUGGUCAACCGGAUCAAAGAACUGAUUGUCACGUUUGAUGCAGAACUCCGUCUCCUUAGACAUGACAAACUGAAACUAGAUACUCAGAUGAAGUUAUCCGACCUGCACCACAUCACCUUAUUUCAAGAAAUGCUUCUCCUGAAGAAUUUUGAAAAGCAAGAGAACAUACUUCAAGAGCGUGUUAACUCCUUAGACAAAGAGGAACAGUACAUGCAAUGGAAAAUAAACGAAACUCUUAGAGAGAUGGAAGAGAAAAAGAAUGAAAUCACCAAACUGCAGGAGGAAGAAAAAGCGCUCUACGCUGGUUUUCAAACAGCCAUUGGAGAGAACAAUAAAUUUGCAAACUUCCUCAUGAAGGUUCUAAAAAAGAAGAUUAAACGGGUGAAGAAAAGAGAGCUUGAAGGAGAUGCUGAUGAAGAUGAGGAAAGUGAGGAAUCAAGUGAGGAGGAAUCUAGCUUGGAGAGCGAUGAGGAUGAGUCUGGACCUGAAGAUGAGGUUUUUGAUGAUUCUAUUUGCCCAUCAAAUUGCGAUGUGACUCUUUUUGAGCUGGCCCUUCAACUUCGAGAGAAAAGGCUGGACAUUGAGGAGGCUUUAGUUGAAGAAAAGAAAAUGCUUGAUAACCUCAAAAAGGAAUAUGAGACAUUGUCAAAAAAAGUGAAAAUCGUAGCAACAAAUCUGAAUGCAGCAGAGGACGCCCUGGAGGCUUAUCAGCGAGAGAAGCAGCAGCGGCUGAAUGAACUGCCGGUUGUGAUUCCGCUCAAGCUCCACCAGAUAGAGUGUGUGGUAUUUGGAGAAAUACCUAGUGAUCUUUCUGGGACUUUGGUCUUCUCUAACCAUGCCUUGAGACGGCUGCAAGAACGAAUCCAUGAGCUCCGGGAGGAAACUGCCAAGCAAAAAAAGCUUAACAAAGAAUGGAGAGAGAGACGCAAACAGCUCGUCCGAGAAAAGAAAGAAAUGACAAAAACCAUACAGAAAAUGGAGGAAACCGUCUGUCAACUCAUGAUCAGCAAGUUUGGCCGUGUGGUAAACCUAGAAGCCCUUCAGACGCUUUCUGUUAACACAACACUUGAAGAACUGAAGAUCAGAAAGCUUCAGAAGGAGCUGGCCAAUGCGAAGGAGAUGAAGAUGUGGGAGCAAAAAAUUGCUCAAAUGAGAUGGGAGCUGAUGAUGAAGACAAAAGAACAUACCAGAAAGCUUUAUCAGAUGAAUGAUUUGUGUACUGAAAAGAAGAAACUUGAUUCUCGGUUGAAUAAGCUACAGAAUCAGCAGGGCAAUGCCUUCCAGGGCCCUCGAGAAGCAGACAUGGUGGCAAGAGAGAAGCUCGCUGAAUUGAUCCAACUCCAGGCGGAAAGGAUUUUGGCCUUAAAGGAGGAGAUUGCUCUUUUGCGUAGGAAAGGCGGCCUUAUCCUCCCACCCAUUCAGUCUCCACAAGAGAAUGAGAUGUAGCCCAUGGACCUCUGGGUUGGCUGUUUUCGCAAACCCAUGCAAGAUUUCUGACAUAACUCACCCAAAGUUCUGUCUCCUUGUCACCGGCAACAAUCUUAUUAUAUUAAAGUGAUUUUAAAGUA